UCCCGGUAAACAAACAGAACCUUCGGCUUCUCUGCGUCACCAAAAAUCCUACCGUGCAGUCCUUCAACAUUCCGCUCGUUUCGGAGCUGCUAGGGAAGCAGCACUGGUCGGAGCUCAAAACCCAUCUCAAAGGCUCGAGCUUUGCCGCAGCUCUUCACCAGCUGUUCGGCUCCGGCGCCGAGCCAGAGCUAACUCUCAACAAACCAUUUUUGUACAUUUUCGAGUACAAUAUGUUGGUGUUGGCAUAUGUGAAAAGUUUGCAGAUACAUUUGGGUUUUGGAGCUUUCAGAGAGCUCGAAAUUAUGGGUUCAAAUUAUCUUGUAAUCCUUUGUUUAGUGCUUUGUUGAAGGAAGGUGAAAUUGGUUAUGUUGAAUAGGAUACACCAGAGCACAGUAGAAUUUUCAACGUUGAAUGCGUACAGUGGAAGGAUUGGGAGGAGAAGUAAGGCUGAUUUGUGUAAAGUUGGGAAAUUGGACAAGGCAAAGGAUGUUGCCAAUGACACGAAGGCUUGGGGGAUUUCACCAAAUGUGGUUGCUUAUAAGAGUCUGAUUGAUGGGCUUUGCAAGAUGGGUGGUUUGGGGAAAAUGUACAAAGCUGAUGCCGUUUUGAUGGAGAUGGUGUAGAAUAUUGUUCGCCCGAGUCAGGUUAUGUUUAAUACUUUGAUUGAGAGGUUCUGUAGUAAAGAUGAGAACGCAGAAGUUGCGAUGAAGGUGUUUAAGGCGAUAAGGAAGCAGGGUUUGAAACGGACUGUGAUUACGCAUAAUUCGCUGAUUGAUGGGUAUUACUGCAACGGGAAGCUUGAUGAGGCUGGUGGUUUGCUGGAUGAAGUGCUUGGCUUGGGUGUGAAGCCAAAUGUUGUUACCUACAAUGCCCUUAUAAAUGCAUUUUGUAAGAAGAUGCUGAAGAAAACUAGAGAGUGGUUUAACGACAUUAGAAUGCAAGGCUUUGCACCCAGUUAUAAUGUGUUGGUUGAUGCCUAUUGUAAGGAUGGAUUGAUGGAAAAAGCAAAUGUGUUGCGCAGUUUAAUGUUAGAGGGAGGGAUUUUCCCAACACUGUGGCAUUACUGCCGGAUUACUGGUUUGUGUAGACAGGGAAACGUUGAAAUGGCCAUGAACAUUUUACAUGAAAUGGAGGUGAAGGGCUUGGAAGUUAAUCAUAAAUCAGUAACACAUAAUGUAUGAAUAGAUUGAUUGUGCAAAGAAGGGAAGUUAAGAAAGGCAUUGCGACUCUUAAACAGACGGCAGACGAUCAAAAAGGGUUUGUUUCCAGUAACUUGACAUGCAAAUACUCUGAUGGAUGACUAAUGCAGGGAAGGAAACCUCAGGGGAUUGAAGGUCAGAGAACAGAUGGAGAAACAAGGCGUGCGAGCAAAUAUAGCAGCUUAUGAUGCGUUGAUCAUAGGAUAUUGCACAAAGGGCAAGCUUGAAGAUGUGAAUGAGCUUCUUAAUGAGAUGUUGGAGAAAGGGUUGAGUCAAACUACUUACAAAAUAGUAUGAAAGGAAAUGACUGAUAAAGGUUUUGUUCCUGAUAUAGACUGGCACCUUUAUUGUCUAUCUAGCUCUUAACUAUCGAAAUGAGAAACCGAAUUGGUUUCAAUCUCACCCUAAUGAAGUGUAUUUUCUUCUGCAUCACCGGCGAAGCAUAAUUCAGUAAGCAUCUGCACACUGGUGUUCAUAGUACUCUCGUCUCUUCGGUCUCACCUCUUAAAUGUUAUGAUCCUUAGCGAAAUGUUUCGCAAGCUUCCACACCAUUCUUUAUAUCGCGACUUCAAGCUUCUUCCGGCUCUGAGAAUUCUCAUGGAGAAAAGAAGACGAGGUCCUGCAUCUACUUUGACAUUCGAUUGGAAUUUGUAAGCCUUGUUAGCUAAAUUUGAUUCAGUUUAAUAAUACUCUAUGAUUGAA